GAGCUUCGAAACUUGUCCCUUUCUGGCCAUGUUGGAUUUGACAGUCUUCCCGACCAGCUGGUCAACAAGUCCACUUCUCAAGGAUUCUGUUUCAACAUCUUGUGUGUGGGCGAGACAGGCAUCGGCAAAUCCACGUUAAUGGAUACUUUGUUCAACACCAAAUUUGAAAGUGAUCCAGCUACUCACAACGAACCAGGUGUGCGGUUAAAAGCCAGAAGUUAUGAGCUUCAGGAAAGCAAUGUACGGCUGAAGCUAACCAUUGUUGACACCGUGGGAUUUGGAGACCAAAUAAAUAAAGACGACAGCUACAAGCCGAUAGUGGAAUAUAUUGAUGCCCAAUUUGAGGCCUACUUGCAAGAAGAAUUGAAGAUUAAACGUUCUCUCUUCAACUACCAUGACACAAGAAUUCAUGCCUGCCUCUACUUCAUUGCCCCUACUGGCCAUUCACUGAAGUCCCUGGACCUGGUCACCAUGAAGAAGCUAGACAGCAAGGUAAACAUCAUUCCAAUAAUUGCGAAAGCUGACACCAUUGCCAAGAAUGAACUGCACAAGUUCAAGAGUAAGAUCAUGAGUGAGCUAGUCAGCAAUGGGGUCCAGAUAUAUCAGUUCCCCACAGAUGAAGAAACAGUGGCAGAGAUUAAUGCGACAAUGAGUGUCCAUCUCCCGUUUGCAGUGGUUGGCAGUACUGAAGAGGUGAAGAUUGGCAACAAGAUGGCAAAAGCCAGGCAGUACCCCUGGGGUGUGGUGCAGGUUGAGAAUGAAAACCAUUGUGAUUUCGUGAAGCUGAGGGAGAUGCUGAUCCGUGUGAACAUGGAGGACUUGAGAGAACAGACACACACCCGCCAUUAUGAAUUGUAUCGGCGUUGUAAGCUUGAGGAGAUGGGGUUCAAGGACACUGACCCUGACAGCAAGCCCUUCAGUCUUCAGGAGACAUAUGAAGCCAAGAGGAAUGAAUUCCUAGGAGAACUUCAGAAGAAAGAAGAAGAAAUGAGACAAAUGUUUGUUAUGAGAGUGAAGGAGAAAGAGGCUGAACUUAAAGAGGCAGAGAAAGAGCUCCACGAGAAGUUUGACCUCCUAAAGCGGACACACCAAGAAGAAAAGAAGAAGGUGGAAGACAAGAAGAAGGAGCUUGAGGAGGAGGUGAACAACUUCCAGAAGAAGAAAGCAGCAGCUCAGCUGCUCCAGUCCCAGGCCCAGCAGUCUGGUGCCCAGCAAACCAAGAAAGACAAGGAUAAGAAAAAUGCAAGCUUCACAUAAAGCCUGGCAAGCCAAGGAUGUUCCCGCAUUCACCUGCUUUUGCAGCAGUAGUGUACUUCUGCCAUCUGUGUCCUUUCGUUUUAUUUUAUUGUUUUGCCCUUCCCCAAACACCAAUAACUCUUAACUCAUUUUGCUGAAUGUUGUUGGGUGGUGGAAAAUGAUAGAACAAGGGAAUAACAGCAAAUGCUCUGUGCAGCUGGACUUUGUUUCUGGAAAGUAAAUGAUUUGCCUUGUAUGCCUGUUCGAAUGGCAGCAGGAGCAUGCCUGUUACUUGUAUGUUGCUUUGGACCAAGGAAAGUGGGGCGAAGUGCUUCCUGUACAUCUGACAUGAAAACUUCUCACCGCCUCAGCAGUUGAACUAAAACCCUGAAUAGCCAUGA